CAAAUGAAUUUAAAUAGCAAAUAAAAAUUUACUGUGCCUGCAGGACUUUAGCUCUCCAACAACACAGGAAAUGGGUGACUACAAGUAUUAUCAGCCAGAAAGCAGCUUUUAAAAAACAAACAAACAGGAAUAAACAAAUCCCUUCUUUCUCUCAUCUUUUAACAGGAUGGUACUGGGGCAACAUGACUGUUGCUGAAGCCAAAGAGAGAUUACAGGAUGCCCCCGAAGGGACUUUUUUAGUUAGGGAUAGUUCACAUUCAGAGUAUCUACUGACUAUUUCUGUAAAAACAUCAGCGGGACCGACCAAUCUACGUAUAGAAUAUCAAGAUGGCAAGUUUAGACUGGACUCUAUCACUUGUGUCAGAUCUAGACUUAAACAGUUCAACAGCGUUGUGCAUUUGAUUGAGUACUAUGUUCUUAUGUGCAAGGACAGAACUGAAACGCCUUCAAAUGGAACAGUUCAUCUUUACUUGAACAAACCCCUCUAUACGUCUGCUCCAUCUCUGCAACAUCGCUGCAGAAUAGCUAUAAACAAAAGUACAAAUCAGAUCUGGGAGCUGCCAUUACCAACAAGACUAAAAGAGUACUUGAAAGAGUAUCAAUACCAGGUAUAAAUAUAUUUUCUAAAUGCUUCUUAUGUAGAUUAACUUUCGAAUGCAAUUCUUAAAAUCAGCCAAAGAACUGAGUAACUAGUUGUACAACUCGGCAUGGAAUUCACUAUCAAAACAACGGCAGUUCUGGGGGAAAGGUUUUUAUUUCAGAUGCCACAAAGGGAGACUUAUGUAGAAUAAUCCCAGC